AUGAUUACAUGUCGAAAGAUUGCUGUUCUUUUCCUUUUAUGUGGAAGAAAUGUGAAAGUUUGUCCUUCUAAUACGUCAUUAUCAUCAAUUGGUUCUUCUAACACAUUGUCCUCAUUGAUUAUUGAUUGUGUCAAAUGUCUUUUAUCAAAUGACUUAAUUAAUAAUCAAGACAUUGAAGUCUCAGUUGGUAAAAUAUUAAUAGAUGAAGAUGUUAAUGUCUUAUUCGCCUUCAUUUCAUCAUCAGAUCAACAACUUGCUCUAUUUCACCUAACAACAACUUUACCAGUUCGUUCAGUUUGUCUAACAACUGCGUCAGUUCAUCUAACAGCUGUGCAAGCAUGUCUAAUAACUGCAUCAGUUUAUCUAAUAGUUACGCAAGCAUGUUUAAUAACUGCGCAAGCUUUUUAUUCAACAACUAUGCUAACCCGUCAAAUUGAAGAAUUAACUAAACAAAAAUAUCCUAAUAUUAGAGUUCCAAGAUUGAUUAAUAGUUAUGAUAAAUGCCUAGAAGGACAGGUUCGACAGUUUGAAGAAGAUAAUAACGUGCUUCAAACGUUUAACGAUAAAUUUGGAAAUGAAAAUGACAAAUUAAUGAUUGAGAGUAAUGAAUUAAAGGCUGAAUUGAUACGUUAUCAUCAAUAUCGAGUUGUGAGAAAUAUUCCUUCACUAAUUAUAGACAAAAGAUCAGCAUCACCAAAUGAAACGAAUGCUGAAAAAGCAAGAAUUGAGAUGAAAAAUCUGAUGAAAGGUCAGAUAUCAGCCGAAUAUCAACUGGAUUAUGAAAAAACGUUCUCUGAACAAUCGACAACUAUUUACAAAAAACUGAUUUUAAAAUUAAAGAGGCUUAUGAAUAGAGUUUUUAACCCUUCUAUUGGAGCAUUGGAAAAGGUCAAUCGAAGGUUAUAUAUGAAUACUUAG